AUGACCGGCGUCUUUGGUCGCAACCGCGGCCUCUUCGUCGUCAGCUUCCUCACCGCCGCCGUCACCACCGCGGCCUUCAAGUACAAGUCCGACGCAUAUCGCUCCAACGAGAUUGCCCAGCAGCAGCGCAACGGCUACGUGAGCGUUGACCGCAGCGGCGGCGGCGUCUAG